CAGAACAGUUCCUUUUUCUUAUAGAACAUUAUAACGCUACGAAAAUGACCUCACUCUGAAAAAACAAAAAAAACAUGCAUUGAAAUAUACUUAGCAUUUUUUUAUACCUUAAAAAAAUAUAUGGAUUGACUCAAAGGGUUUUGAAAAGAAUUGGUCACAUCAAAUCCUGUAGGAUGUUUGGUGCAGAGACGAGGCGGUAUAGCACGAAUUUAAAUAGCAGCGUCAAUUUGAUUUCCUACACUGACGUCUUGCAGAAACAGAUAUGCAGCUUUUCAAAAGCUGCAGACAUUACAUUUCAUGAAGUCCAAGUAAUGCAGACUAUAUAUGAUUAAAGUCCACCUCUCUCGCUUCACAUAUACAUAUAUAUGCGUUUGGUGGAAAAUGGAGGAUCAUGGCUUGUGACAGCGUCAGAGAUUUCGGUGAAAUGCAACCUGAAAGCCUUUGCUAUAAAAAUUCGUCUUUUAUUUAAAUUACCUGUUAUUAUUAUUUCUCUGUAAAAAGACUGCCUUACAAACAAACGUCUACUUGAAGCGGAGGAUGCAUGCGACGCUAUUUGUAAUGAUCAUGUCUUCAUUUUUCAACCCUAGUUUUGCAUUCAGCUCGCAUUUCGAUACUGAUGGCGCCCCCCUGAGUGAGCUCUCCUGGUCCUCCUCCCUGGCUGUCGUGGCUGUUUCUUUCUCCGGACUGUUCACCUUCAUCUUCCUCAUGUUGGCCUGCCUGUGCUGCAAGAAGGGAGACAUCGGCUUCAAGGAGUUUGAGAACACAGAGGGAGAGGAGUACCAGGCCGAAUUCUCCACCCUGACCUCUUCCACGUCCCAGACCGGGCCCGAGGUUUACAUCUUGCCGCUCACUGAGGUGUCCCUUCCUGUCUCCAAGCAGCCUGGGAGAUCAGUCCAGCUCCUCAAGUCCACUGACCUGGGCCGGCACAGCCUGCUCUACCUCAAAGAGAUCGGACAUGGCUGGUUCGGGAAGGUCCUCCUGGGCGAGGUCAAUGCGGGUCUCAGCACGACUCAGGUGGUGGUGAAGGAGCUGAAGGCGAGUGCUAGCGUGCAGGACCAGAUGCAGUUCCUGGAAGAGGUGCAGCCUUACAGGUCCCUUCAGCACCCCCACCUCCUGCAGUGUCUGGCACAAUGCACAGAAGUCACUCCCUACCUGCUGGUCAUGGAGUUCUGUCCACUGGGAGAUUUGAAAGGAUACCUGCGAAGCUGUCGGGCUGCGGACUCAAUGACCCCUGACCCCUUGACUCUCCAGCGAAUGGCGUGCGAGAUCGCCUCUGGUCUGCUGCACCUGCACAAAUACAACUUUGUCCACAGUGAUCUGGCCUUGAGGAACUGUCUGCUGACUGCAGAAGUGACCGUGAAGAUCGGAGACUAUGGGCUCUCACAUAACAAGUACAAGGAUGACUACUUUGUGACGGUGGAUCAGCUGUGGGUGCCUCUGCGCUGGAUCGCCCCGGAGCUCAUCGACGAGGUCCACGGGAAUCUGCUUGUUGUGGACCAGACCAAGCCCAGCAACAUCUGGUCCCUUGGAGUGACGAUCUGGGAGCUGUUUGAGUUGGGGAACCAGCCCUAUCGGCACUAUUCUGACAGACAGGUCCUCACCUAUGCCAUCAAAGAACAGCAGUUGAAGCUGCCCAAGCCUCUGCUCAAACUGCCCCUUUCAGAGCGCUGGUACGAGGUGCUACAGUUCUGCUGGCUGCAGCCGGACCAGCGGCCCACCGCAGAAGAGGUUCACCUCCUCCUGAGCUACCUGUGUGCCAAGGGUGCCAGCGAGGCGGAGGAGGACUUUGAGAAGCGCUGGAACUCCCUGCGGCCCAACAGCGGCAACAGCAGCACCCACAGUGCCUCUGCAGCCGAGCAGCCUCCCUCCUCCUCCUCUUCCUCCUUCCCCUUGCUGGAGCACUUCUCAGUGGGCGACGGCUUCCACUCUGAGGCUGGAGACGACAUACUCACGGUCACAGAGACCAGCCGUGGCCUGAACUUCGAGUAUAAGUGGGAGCAAGCACGUCCCGAGCAGCACUAUCCUUCCUCCUCAAGCAGUGGGGCAUUAGGGCACUCCCAGUACCAGGAUAUCUACUACGCUCCUGGGGGUGGGGUUAGUGGCAGUAGCUGCAGUGGGGGGCUCACUCUGGGAGUCUCCCCUUCCUACUACGACUCCAAACCGUUGGGGCUCCACACCCCGGGGGUAGUGCCCGUGCUGAGCGCUCACAGCCCCUCUGUCAGCAAUGAAUAUUACAUUCGUAUUGAGGAGCCUAGCGAGUGCAACAUCGAUCUAGACUACACCAUGUGCUCCUACAGCCCAGAGCUUGGCGGCAGCAACGGCAGCUUUAUAGGUGGUGGGGGCGGUUCAGGAGACUGCGACAACUGCCCUAGUGAAGCCCAGCCUAAUUCAUAUUGGUUGGAUGAGGCUCGCAAAGCCAGUGCCUACGAUUCAGACAACAGCCCAGCUAUCUCACUCACCAUGGAGCCUCUCCUUGGCCAGAUGUCUACCACCAGCCCGGUGGAACCCUGGGAAAGCGAACAGUACUAUUCCUACAAAGUGCAGGAGAAAGAGCAGGGUUGCUACUACGAUCAAUCCUCAUUAGACGGGGCUGACCACUAUCUUUUGGAGGAUUCGUCUGAGAAUCAUCGGGAGAGCUGGGGGUCUAGGAGUCUGCGUCAAGCACUUGGUGAAUUAGAGGACCCCCUUGGGGUCUCGCCAUCCCUUGGUGGGCCCCAACAGCUCUACAGAGACCCCUACAUUGAAGGAAGCAGGCCAGCCCUUAGCAAGAGGUCGGCUGGAGAGUGUUACUAUGACAUGACAGGGUCCCUUCGCAAAAACUUGCCUGGGUCAAACACGGUAUGUGUCGACAUGGAGGAAGAAGUUUCAGGGCUCUUCAUAGGGCGCCGAGACAGUGAUCUGGAAGAGGUGGACAUGUUUGCAGAGAAAGAAGCCUUGGCUCAGGCUAACCACUGGACAUCCAACAGCUCUGCUAACAAUAACAGUCUGAGCUUCAGCAAAAGGUCCGGAAACAAUAUUCAUGGCUAUGCCAAUUUUCAUUUCACAAUGCCUUCAGCAGGGUUGGAAGAGUCCUGGCAUGUCUUUAAGGCGAAGGAGAACCUGACUUAUCCCGCCUCCCAAGCCUUUCCCUACCUGGAGGCUGCUACAUGCACAGAAGAAGGUGGAACUCCCCUGACCAAUGAACACAAACUCUUCCCGUCAAGCGAGUCCAAUAGUUAUGUAUACCCAUACCAUGAGGAAGAAGAGAGGAUGUCCCCUCCUGAGGAGCACAACACUUAUCAAGAGCAUGGAUUUGUGGAUCCUCUUUUGGGAUCUGUAGUCAGGAGCUAUGCCCUCAACGAUUAUAUCAAACAGAAACAAACUAUGGGGCUCAAAAAGGAAAAUGGAGAAAGCUCACCCUCCACACCUUUAGGGGGCGCUGUGGAAAGCAAUGUAGUUCCUGAGACAGAGCUGAACCCUGAUCUCGCUAGCUUGGGAAAAGGGGGAACCCCUGUGGACAAAACAGAGCAGUGCAUGAAUACUGUUGUCGGCAGAACGUCCUGUGAAAAAGAGGAAGAGAAUGAAGAGGGUUGUCUGUCAGAAGUGAAACAUCCAGCCCAGAACAGCAUCAGGUCUGUUCAAUCAGAAGGACUCACACCUGAAAUGGCUCCAAGUGCCCAAUCAGAACCGCAUUCAGAAACCAGUCAGACUACAGAGAGCGAGGUGGAUAAGGGUUGCUUCAGCAUCAGCUUGGUGGAGAUUGAUGACUGCAGUGAUGAUGACAUCACAGACGUCACCUCGGGCGUCUUUACAGAUUUCCCUAUGGAUUAUGUGGGAGAUGCCCCCCCAGCUGUCAAGUCCCUGCAGAAGCAGGCGGGGACCCCAGACUCCAUAGAGUCGCUAGAGCUCCCUUCCACCAGCAGCUUCUGUGAGUCGUUCAACCCCACCACCUUCCACCCCUCCAGCCAGCCCAAAGCAAUAGACAGCGGCUAUGACACAGAGAAUUACGAGUCUCCUGAGUUUGUACUGAAGGAGCCUCAUGAUUCACGGGACCCUGAGGGAUUUGUACAGCCUCUGGGGAAGCCUUCUGUUAGUGAAGGACUAGAGGAGACAGAGACAGAGGGUGGGGCAGAGGUGUGUCCCGCAGUGCCGAUUUCAACAUCUCACAGUACAGAGCUACAGCUGGGUGGGUUGAAUGAGAAAAACCCCUACAGGGACUCUGCCUAUUUUUCGGAUUAUGAUGCAGAGAACGAGAGGUACUCCCGGAAUGAAAGGGAGGAGUUUCCAGAGAAACUGGAUGAUGACAUUAUUGUCCCAGAGCCCGAAAAAGAAGAUCCCACAGCUGACCCGGCUAGCCUGAAAGUGGAGAAAGAGGAACCACAUCAACAACAACAACAACAGGAUAACCAUGUGGAUGAGAAAGAUCAGUUUCAGAAUGAUUAUUCGGGAAGACAGUUUGAUGAACAGAUGCAGAGGCAAGAUAUUGAGGAUGGUGGUGAGAUUUUAGCCACUCCGGAGGUCCUGGAAACAGAGUUUGUUUCCGCUCAUUCAACUCCUACUCCUUCAAGUCUGACUCCUCCUGAGUUAGAGGAUGAAGGUCUGGAGUUGGAGCAAGAACUCUGCAGAGAUGAGCAGUAUUCUGAAAUCUGCACCUCUUCAAUUCCCGAGGAACCAGCUCAGCCAGAGCAUUCUGGCAUCCCUGAUGAAGUGCAGGAACCUAGCAGCUUGAAGGGCCCUUUGGUUGAGGCUUCGGACUCUGCAACAGGUGGAGGAGCUUCUAAAAAUGACACUGAGACCAGCGACUGCAGAGAGGAAGGGGAUGGGAGGGAGCCUGCGGAAGACACAACAUCUACGGGUCUUCCCAGUGUGGACAAUAGCCCUCAGCAACCACACAGCAACCUUCCUCAUGUGGAGAGCUGGGGAAAGGAGUUCCCAGGAGAGGCUUCAGAGUGCCAGAUGGGCAGGGUGUCCCCGGCUGAUGGAGAGGAGGCAGAUGAGGAGGAUGGGGACUCAGAGGACAGUGAGGAGUCGGACGAGGAGCUCCGCUGCUACAACAUCCAGGAGCAGAGCGAGGAGAGCGAGGAGGAGCUCCCCGCAGUGCCCAUCGUGGUCAGCGACAGCAGUGAGGCGCACAACCUGCGCAGCCUCCUCAAGAUGCCCAGCCUGCUCUCCCAGUCCUUCUGUGAAGAACUCGACCGAAAAAAGAAAGCCGUCUCCUUCUUCGACGACGUCACCGUCUACCUCUUCGACCAGGAGAGCCCCACACGGGAGCUAGGAGACCACAGUUUCCCUCAGGGGGCAGAGUCCAGUGGGCGGAGCUCCGAGACAGGAGAGACACGCCCCCAGGAAAGGGUCAGCACCUCGGACGACUCGUCUGACGGGAACGUCUCUGAAGAGAGUGGAGGGUUCGAGUGGGAUGAUGACUUCCCCCUGAUGCCGGUCACCUCCUCUCCGAUGUCCUCUCUGGGCCCGGCCCCCAUGGACCCCCCCGUGGCCCCUAGCCUCUCCCCUCUGGCCCCGGAGUCGAAGCAGGGCCCCGCAGUGCAGUACUCUCGCUUCACCGUGUCCCCGUCCAGCGCCUCCCGCUUCUCAAUAACGCACGUCUCUGACUCUGACGUCGACUCUGUGGGAGGGAGCAGUGAAGAUGGAGAGAGGGAGUGAGAGAUUUGGUGCAAGAGGAAGGGGGGGGCAGGAGGGAGAGGGAGAGAGGGAGGAGAGAGGGUCCCAGGUCUGGCAGCAUUGGCCUCUUUUUGCACAGACUGGGUGUUGCAUUGGGGGGGUCCAGCUGGGAACCCUGCCCUGAUGAAAACUGAGCUGCCAUCCCAGGACAGUGCCUCUUAACACCUGCGGAAACGGACGCUCACAGCCCCCACUGCCCUGUUGGAGGGGUGGGUGUGGAUGUACACGAUGAGAACAAAUAUUAUAUAUAUAUAUAUAUUAUAUAUAAUAUAUAUAUAUAUAGAUAUAUAUAUAUAUAUAUACUAUAUAUAUAUAUAUAAAUAUAUAUAACUUAUAUGCAGAUUAUAACUUACAUGUUGCAGAACCAUCAAGCUCAACGUCAUUUGUAACAGAAUUGCCAUUUUGCUAAAGAACAAACAAAAAAAAACAGAAAACUGGAUGGACUACAGCAGCUUUCAGCAGCUCCUGAUCCCACUGCUUUACUGACUCAUUUAAUCUCUUCUGGAGAUUUUUACCAUGCCAGGACUGACUGUCCAGACAUAUGUAAUGCCGCCUGGUAAUCCUUGGCACUCCGAGUUACCCCCGCCCCCCCUGUGAGUGCCCACAGAUAGCAUCCCAUCUCAAGGGUUUAGAAAGAGACAGAAGGGGCGGGAGAUUGUGGGACUGGAUAUACUUCCUUACCAAAAUAGUUAUUGUUGGGAGGAAGGAAAGGGGGUGUCCUGGUUCACUGAUGUCUCUCAAAGAAUAGCGUUUAUUAACUGGGGGAAAAAAAACUAGAAACAGUAUUGGGAUUUAUUAGUAUUGGACAUUUAAGUGCCAUGGAUAGUGAUACAUUGUGAAAAAGUACUAGACAAUGUAUUGGCCAAAAUACUUACAGAGCUUGUAUGUUUUUUGUAAUUAGGCGGACUGUGGUAUUUUUUUGGUAGUGCUGUACACAUUCUAAUUUGGGAACUAUGUACUGUAUGCUUCUCCUUUUUUUUUUUUCAUUCCAGGUGUCUGAGUUCAGGUUCAUAUCAUAUGCAUUGCUAACAGUGAUUGUAUGGAAUACGUGUAACGUGGCUAUAUCAAUUCAGGAAAAUUAACUUGCAAAUAAAAUCAGGAUUUAGGAAUUAGGGUUAUAGAAAAUAGUCCAUGCUGGCAUAUCACAAAAGUAUGAUAAAUGCAUAAUAAUGAAAUUGAUCUGAAAUUGACGUCCAAGUCUUGCAGACUCCAGUGCUAGAAACAGGACACCUCCUGCGUGGGUUGGGCAAAAAAAAAAGACUCUUAAUAUUAUGCCAAAAUAACUUUUUUUUUUACAUUUUAGAAUUAUUGCAUUUCCUUAAAGGGAAUUGCUCAAGCACUUUUCUUAAAGGGAAAGUGUAAUCCAAAUUUUCCGCCCAGCCUCCCACUAAAUGUGGCCAGUCUUGUUGUUAGAGUGGCAAGUUGGCAGCUGAAGUAUUUAUCCCACACACAGUGUUCAGUGUUUCCGUAUGCCUUUCAUCAAUUUCAUAUUCUCUAAUAGUCUAGAAGAGCAGCUCAUGCAGUCUGUACUAUUUUUGUAAGAAAGUAAAGAGAAAGUUUAACAAAGAGAAAAUAUCAAAUUAUUAUUAUAGGUUAAAUGUUUGCCAAAGAGAUGUAACACAUUUAUGUGGCACCCUGGUUCUAAUUUACAGCUUUUAGAUAUUUUAUUGUGUAAGGUUAUUAAACAAAACAUAAGAAAAUGUUCUUCAGUGUUUAGUUUAGUUUAUUUGUGUAAUGGGAACUCUCGUGUCACAUGAUGGGGGAAGCCACAUGAUCUACAACAGAGCUGCCUGUUAUUCUUUCAUACCUGCAAGAGUUCAUUGAGUCCACUGAGAGUUUCAGUGCUGGAGGUUAGUUUUUAAAGCUAAAGGAUGUGAAUUGAAAUUCAUACACAGGCGCAUGCAUCACAUGUAUAGUGAGGACAGUUUCCCACUAGAUCGUCGUGAUUGCUGUCCCAUCUGUUUUAUUUGUAAAAUGUGUUAAUGCAGUAAACUGUCCCCUAUCCCACAGUCGUACAGGGUGGGGAAAAAGUCAUGCCCCAGAGAAUGAAAUAAAGCCAGUCUGUUCAGGUAAUGAGCUCAAUGGUCCAUUGAAUGGGAUCAUGAUCUACCAACAACCACAAUUUAUUUAUUGGAGCUGCCCAUCGCUGAUCGACACACGUGAUUAUUAAAAUAAAAUGUGAUUAUUUACAAUGUGUAUGGAAAAACACCAUCAGGUUUACUUUACCAGUUUUUUUUUUGCGUGAUGCCUGUCAUGUGACAAUGGAGUACUUAAUUAUUUAUUUAAAAAUCAUUAAACUUGUUGUAGGUUACAUUAUCAACUGGUCUGUACAGAAUAGAUGGCUACCUAACUUUUUAAAUGCUCGCUGCAUGAAAAGCAAGCCUUUCGAUCCCACCCCACCCCACCUGAGUACAGUACUGAUGUGCUCAUUUCAAAAACAGGUUCACUACUGCCAUCUUCUUUCCCAGUGCUUACUCUCAUACAGAGCAUGUGUCAAACAUCGCUGGUCUAAUAAAAGCAUUUUUAAAAUAA